CGCGCCAGAGAGCAGACCAUUGACUAUAAAAGUUGCGAUCGCGACACUUGCAGACAUAGUUCAGUGCAGGAGCCGCAGCAGCCACAAAGUCAGCCGAACCACCCGAGUCAAGCCAAGUUUAAGCCAACAUGUUUGCUCUCCUUUCUCUAUUCAUCCUGGGCGUUGGAGCCGCCGCCGCCAUCGAGCUGCCGCUCUAUCACCAGCCGGCCCUCAUCAAACCCCUGCUCAAGGCCGUCGAGGUGGAGGCACCCGCCCACUAUGACUUCUCCUACUCGGUGCAUGACGAGCACACUGGCGACAUUAAGAGCCAGACGGAGUCGCGUAAGGGUGAUCAGGUGCAGGGCCAGUACACGCUGAUCGACGCCGAUGGUUACCUGCGUACCGUGGACUACACCUCCGAUGCACACAAUGGCUUCAACGCGGUGGUGCGUCGUGAUCCUUUGGGCCAAAAGGUGAUCAAGGCUGCGCCCAUUGCCAAGAUCCUAGCUCCAGCCCCUCUGCCGCUGGCCUAUGCGGCUCCCAAGCUUGUGGCCCCCGCCAAGCUGCCCCUCAGCCUGUACCACUAAGCUGGUCACAUAAUUGGCAAAGCGGCAGAGAGAGAGAUAGCAAACACUGAUUUCAUCGCAUUGACGACGACCCAUCCGCAUCCGUACCAGUAGCUGUAUCUGAACCUGAACUAUGGCUUAACCAUCCAGACACCUCGUAUCGUACCUAUCUUCUUGUGAAUCUAUCUUCCUUUCCUCAUACUCUGAUAUCUCCACUAAGACUCUUCGGCCCUCGGAUAAGGACACCGCCAUAACACGAAGUCUGGGGGUCACUAUCUCAUCUAUGUAAUACAAUGUGUAAA